UCACUCGCAUCCAACCAGAGUCUGUGAUUGGGGUGUCGUGAAGUAUCCAGCAGUGGUAACCGGCUCCAAUUACAGUGAAGAAGUGCUUUGCGUACCAGCUUACAGUUCUUUCCCCGCUGCUCUCCGGAGAUUGGCUUCAUUCUGGUGAGAAAUAUUGCAUUCAGUGAGCCGGGAACGGAGCGCCACGGUCGUACCAACUGUCCCAGUAUUGUUUGGAUCUCGCUGUGAAAGGAAUACCUACUACUCCACCAACUCAAAAGGGUUGCCGAUGAGUGUACUAGGUUUUGGAUCAAAGUAUUCCGAUUCCGCAACAAAGAUGCAGGCCGUUGUCAGAAAAGAAGAGGAAAUGAACAAGGCGGUGCUUUCAGCAGACACAGAAGCCCGCGACACGACGACCCUUGCUAAAGAGCGUGACGUCAAACCGAAAGUCACGUGCAGGGGGCGCAAUCGACCAAUCAUGACGCGCCAGAGAUCUGUGAGUGUGUCGCCCGACCGGAUUGUACGCUUCACACGGACAGCACACAAUGAGAAGCCAACCAAUCUCAGGCGCAGUCUCUCCGAAAUUGGCAAGAGCAAGCACGUUGACGAACACUAUAAAGGCCUGGCACCUCGUUCACGGAGUUUAGAUAUCGAUUUGGGAGAGAGAAGCGCUGAUGCGAGUUCUCGAAAAAAUAUCAGUGUCUCAAAUCCACCUCAGUAUCACUAUCAUCGAAGUGAGUGUGAGCAAAUCAAAUCACGUUCACCGUCUCUAAGUAGAAGCAUCAGCCUAACCCGACCCAUAGCUUGGUUCAGAAAACGCUGGCUUUUCCAUCAGCUUUCUGACAGCGGAGUACUUCUAGGUGAUCUAACUAGCACCAUGCAUCAGGAACGUAAAAUGACCAGGUCUUCAUCCGUAGCUGAUGUUGACAUCAAGCCUCCUUCUCCUAAAUCAUCCAACGAGUCGAGAAGGAAUAAACACCAGAAGAUGGGGCCACAUCCCAAGAAGAAGAUGCUUCGAUCUCACAGCGAGUCUGCCAUUGACAUGAAAAUCCUGCAGAGCUUGAUGAAACACAGCUCCACUGCACCCGUCGAUGACAACAAACCAGCCGGGAUCAUCUGCAGCAACGAGGACUUCAAGAAAAUCAUCACCGACUCUAAGCGCCAUCGUUUUGGACGCAAGAGAAACAAUACCAUGGUGAUCCAACUCGAGACAACGCCAGAGGCUCCUGCUGAAACCGAGACCCACCUGGACAACCGUCUAAGCGAGAAAGAGGAAUCAUCCACCGUAAAGGACAAUGUGUCUGUGGCACAAGAGCGAAGGGGAAGCAGGGACCGCGUCAUCAAGUUACCGAUGAGGCAAUGUGCUUCUGACCCCAACAGCCCGGCUCAUCUGAGUGAAGCCAGGCGAGAUAUCAUGCGGCUUUCUCCUCUUAUGCUGCAUAAGAACAAUGUAAACAAUUCUUCCAUGAACAUCAAUCGUACCGUGCACCUCUCACCGAAAGCCUUAACGAGUAGACUCACAAAAUGCAAUGCCAACGCAGAAGAACUCGAACCUAUGCUUCCCAAGGACAAUAAUGGCAACCAUCUCAUCGAGAAAAUGCAACUUGUCGAUGACGUUGUAAUCGAGGAGGAGGAGGAGGAGAAUGUGGAUGUGGAAAAGGAGAGCAGCGAGGAGGAGCAACAGAUUGAGAACAUCCAAACGAACAAUGCCAAUGACAACGAGUCUAAGAAGAAGUCGGAAUCCGCCUUUGAUGCCCAGCUCCUCGGGGAAGCAAUAGAGCGACACUUAGCAAUGCAAAAGAGUCCCGGUCGAAAGAGUCCGCGUUACGGUGAGGGGAGGAAGCGAUCGGGUUCCCUCAAGAACAUGUUGGUGCAGAACAAUUCGCAGAUCUCAGCUCGUCUGGGAAGUCUCAUCUCUCGGUUUCCUUUCAGACGCGAGGGGUCUGUAAGCCCAACGAACAGUGAAACCGGAGUCACCGUUUAAACAGGACUAAGCACCUUUUCAAAAGACACUAUGGCCUGGAGUCAUGAACUUUAACGCAGACUUUGUACCAACCACAACCCCACGGAUCCACCAUGCUCUAUUGUGUACAUUCAUCAUGUAUAUUCUAUUGUCUAUGAUUGCAUUUCCAUAUUGAUAUUGCUCAUUGUUCGAUUGAAAUUAAUGCUGUCAAGUCCUUCAUAAAAUGCUUGAAUUUGGUCAAUAGUAUCUAAAAGUUGUGCACAAAAGCGUUCCAAAAUUUCCUUGUUUGAUUUCCAAGUUUAUCGUAACAAUUAUCUCUUGAAAAUAUGGCUUUAUCGACAGCCUAAUUAAUUUUGUAAAGAACAAUAAUAUAUUUUUUGAGUUGUAAAUGUAAAUUUCUCACAUGUAUUCACAUGUAUUGAACCCAAACAAUUCUAAACUCAGUCUUUGUGUAACGCUUUCAUUAAUAACAUUUAUCUGUUUACCAAAUACAAUCUUAUGGCUAUAAACCUGACUGUAAAAGAUACCGUGACAACAACAUAUUGGACUUUCGACAAAUGUAAUCAAAAUGUGAUUUUAUUAUUGUAUAUAGAAUGCUUAUCAAAUAUUUGACAUGUUUGACAUAUCUAUUAAAUAACUCUGUCUCUGACAGUACUAUUUCAUUAUGAAAACUUAA